AUGCCCCUCACAAGAGCCAUCUCAGCCCGUCUACGUACAGGUCCGCAGCGACAGCCCGCGCCAGCACCCCUCGACGCCGAGAACGAGGAUAUCGUCAUGAUCAAGGCACGCGCCAAGACGACCUCUGCUUCUGUGCUGGGAGCCACCCGCGCUCUCGUCGCUGGUGCCCUUUCGCAGCUAAACGUGCAGAGCUUGUCCUCGAACAAGGCUUCCUCGUCUUGCUCGACCGGCUCAGCGCCCCCAACCACUUCGUCAUCAUCCAGACCGCGAUACGUGCGAGCUGGCAGCAGCCGCUUCUCCUCUCGAUCCUCCACUGGCUCCCGGCGCUCUGUCUUGGGCAGCUCCGAAUUUGGCGACUCUUCGGACGACGAGAACGGCAGUCAAGGCCACUCGCGCAGGCUAGGAGGAUGCUCCUACUUGUCCUCCGCUGCUCAUCGACCCGACGACUGCAACAAGGAGAACGUGGCCCCCUUCCGCUGCGCUUCUCAAGACGUGCUCGAGACCGAAGCUCGAAAUGCGCAGGAGGAAGAUGCCGUUCGCCGCAUCACCAGCCAGUCCCGUCAAGGCAGUCUCGUAGAGCGACAGAGCUUCUCAGGACCCUCUGCUUCCUUGCGUCGCCUCAGUCGAAGCUCCACCACCUCCGACCUUUCCACCACUUCAGCUCUCAACAUGCCAAGAACACCCUCAAGACGACACGCUCGAUCCUCGUCCAGCAUUCACCACCCCGUCGAGGCCACACCCACACGCCGACCCUCGACCCUCUCAGCUUCAGGCAGGAAACGAUCUCGCAACGAUGUCGACCUCGACCACGACGCUCUCCCAGCCAGCCCCCUCUCGCGCCUGCGAAUCGAGACGCCAAGCAUUAGAUCCACACUCGACACGCCCAGCUCAUCUCGCCUUAUCCCGGACGAGGACUCCAGCUCCUACUUCCCCCUUUCCUCGCAAGACUCGACGCAGAGCUCUUUGUUCGACACACGCAGCGUCUCUGAGGGUUCUUCUGCGGCGACCUCCUCGUGCUCCUCCGAUCGCGACGUCUCGCCGCCCAUCGUCGCUCUUCUCGAGUCGGGCAAGGAGAAGUACUCUUCCGUCUACGCACACGCGCGUGCCUUGCUCCGAUACGCAGCGGGCGUCGAUCCAGCCGAGACCGAGGCGGGGCUCACCAUCCCCUCCUCCGCAGGUGGGCAUCACGUCAAGGUCGUCGGACGCGAAUCCGAGCGUGUCGCCAUCCAGCUGUUCCUCCACUCGACCUUCUCUCUCGACCCCUCUGCCCCUGCCCAAGCGCGCACCCUCAACGUCGAGCUGGACGGCGACUCGGACGCCUCCUGUCUCUACGUCUGUGGUCUUCCCGGUACCGGGAAAACCGCACUCGUUCGCUCGGUCCUCAACAGUCUCCCUCCCACCUCUUCACCUCGCGUCGCAUUCGUCAAUUGCAUGACCCUUUCCCAUCCACGUCACAUCUUCUCCUCCAUCCUCACCGCUCUAGGCUCCAACGUCGCCGAAAAUCAGUCCGACGCCUUCGCCGAAUCCGCCCUCUCCAACCUCAUCCACAGUGGGCAGCAACGCAUCCUCAUCGUGCUCGAUGAGAUGGACCAUCUGCUGCAAUCCCGUGCGCACCAGAACAUUCUGUACAAGAUCUUCUCGUGGACUGCCGGAGCAGGCAAGUGCGGGCUGGUGGGGAUUGCCAAUUCGCUCGAUCUGACGGAACGUUUUGUGCCACUCCUCGCUAGCAAAGGGGCGAGUCCGGCGCUGUUGCACUUCCGACCGUUCGAGGCAGGGGAGAUCGUCAGUGUCAUCCGCGACAGGUUGUCGGGUCUGCAGUCGAGAUACGAUGAUGCUCCGCAAGAGGAGGUAGUGGAAGAUUUGCCGCUGUUUACGCCGACGGCGGUGGAAUUGUUGGCCAAGAAGAUUGCGGGGGCGACGGGCGACUUGCGCAAAGCGCUGGAUGCGGCGCGCUUGGCGGUGGAGCUGGUGGAGGGCGAACAGCGCAAAAAGGCCCUUUCGGAGGCGGAGCGAGUUAAGGUCUCUUCUCCCACCGAAGGCGUCGAACAGGAGGUGGCAAGUCGCGCGAAUCUGCUGCGUCACCUCACACCGUCGAGCGCACCCAAAGUGACGCCAACGCAGAUACUCAAGGUGCUUACGUCGGUGUUGGGCUCGCCGAACCUGUCCAAGGUGCGCUCGUUGGGGGUGCAUCCGAAACUCGUGCUGCUGGCGAUCCUCAUUGCGCAGGCACGUGCCGCGGAGGGACUGUCCGUGCUCGGAUCCACUUCCACUUCCACCACCACCUCUGGUGGAACACGCAUCGCGGAUGUCGAGUCGACCUACCAUGCGCUCUUGCGUCAAGAACAGGGGCUUUUCUCCCCCCUCGAGGGGUCGGAGUUGCUAGGCGUGUUCGACAUGCUCGAAGUCAACAGCGUGGUGCGCAUCACUUCCGAGAUCGACUCGCACACGUCCUCAUCCUCUGCAGGCGGGGUGGUGAGUAGCAGUGUGAGUCCCAGUGGCAAGCGGGCGGCGAAGAAGCAGCUGCUGGCGAGCAGUCGUUUGGUCUACCUCGCCAUGAGCGCGGACGAUGUUCAGCGCGGGAUUUGCACCAGUGGGCCCGCGACGGGUGGUGCGGCGAGCGGGGGCAAUGUCGCUGUGGCAGAAACCAUCGCCAGGGUCUACGCUAGGGAGAAGGACCGCGCCGUGAAGGCCAAGGUCUACCACAGCAUCGCCCAGGAGAACGCCAGGAUUAGACAGGACGAGCUCGGCGGUGGACGCAUGGGCGUCCCCGUCGGUGAAUUCUAG